AUGAGUCAUAACUACAAUUUGUAGACUAGCUUUUCGAUAAGAAGUAGAUUUUCAGAUUAAAAUAAAACUUAAACCAACUCAUUGGAUAGUAUUUCACCAAUAAACUAAACGCCACAUCAGUUUUUCAUGUAACUAGAAGCUGAUUGUUAAUAAAAAAUAUAAUUAAAAAGUAAUGAAACUCUACUGAAAUCUAACAUAUCUUCUGAAAUAAAUUACUCAAAUACAGACAUACAAGAAGAUAAUACUCAAGAAACGGUAUAUCCUAUAAAUACCUUAAACACUAAAAGUUUUUCUCAAUUCGCAGAGAAUGAAGACAAAGAUAUCAAACUUGAUAUAAAUUUUUUAAACACAUCAAUUCCAUAAUAGAAGCAGAACUAAGAUUAAAGUUUCUGCCUAAAUCAGUAAUAAAAUAGAUAAAGUAAUGAUUAUUUUGAAGAAACAUCCCAAAUUUAAUCUAACACCUUUCUUAAUGACACUGAAUUCGAAUUUGAGAGCUUAAAAAAUUCAUCUUAUCAAAAUACUGAAAAAACUGAAGUGAGCAGCAUUAAAAGCACUUCACAAAAAAGAGUGACUUUUAAUGAGAAAAUUGAACAAAAGGUUUUUUAGAAAGAUGAUAUUAAUGCGCUAGAGUAAAAGAUUUAAAUAUUAUUAAGAAAAUAUGACGUUGAAAACAGAUAAUUGGAAUCUAACUAUUUUUUUGGCUAAAGUCAUGGUAAAUAAACAAGAAAAACCAUUUUGAAAGCAUCUAAAUCUUGGGAAUAAACAUCAGAAUAUAAUUAAUCUGAUUAAUAAUAAUAAUACGAUUCUUUUGAAAGAACUCAAUUUGAUAUGGAUUUUUGCGAAAUAAUAAACGAAGAAAUUAUCUAGCAAUUACUUUAAAGUGAUAGUCCAAAUAAAAAUUAAAAUUAUUUUUUUAGUGAGUUAGUUACCAAAAUAUCUCGUUCUGGUGAGAAGAAAAAACGAAUAAUAUUUUUUAAUCAAAAUUCCUUUUAUGUUCUCAAAAACCUUAGUUCUCAUAAAGGAAUAUAAAAAUUCAAUCAUUCAGAAAUCAACAAAAUAGUUGUGCACUCAAAUAAUACUAAUUUUUGUUCUAUUGUUGUGAGAAGCAAGUUUUAAUUAACCUUAAAAAUUAAUCACUUUAAUGAAUUUAUCAAAACUAUUGGAGAUAUAUUCAAAUAUAUAUUAAAAACUAAUUUGCCUAUAACCUAUAAAUAUAAUAAAUCCUCAUGUGAGAAAUCUGAAGAUAACAUAAUCGAGAACAGCUAUGCCUCACAAAGCGAUUAGCUUUCAAUGAAUUAUCAAAGAUAAUUUUACAUAACAAUUAACAAAAUAAAUAAUAAUAAAUAUUUAGAUGACUUACAAAUAUUAGGUUUAUUAUAAAUCUUUGAUAUAGAUAUUUGUAUAAGCAGUUUAGAGAAAUGUGAAGGUUUAAAUAGACUGCUUUAAGUAGAUUUAAUUGAGAUAGAUUUAUAAAAUAGAAGAUUUUUUUUUAAAUCUAUUUAAAAUUAAAAUAAUUUAUUCCUAAUAAUGCUUUAAAAUGACUUAGAGCUUACAAUUUUUAUAGAUUAAAUAUAAAAGUUUUAUAAAAAAAAAACAUAAACUAUCUGA